CUGGUUCUGACCAAUUCAUGAUACAUUUGGAAGAACUUCCUCCAGUUUUGAGAUGCUUCAGAGUUGCUGAGAGCAAGCAGAGACAGUAACCAGACAAUUUUUCAGGAUGUCUGAUCCAGCGACUCUGACGCAAACUAUCGUAACUGGAACCGAUUUUGCAAUUAAACAAGGCACAGGCAUAGCCAACUAUCUGAAGAGGAAACAUGGUUAUGUGAAAGAUAUUGAACAGAAUUAUGCCAAACUUGAGGAUGAAUAUGACACACUUUGCGCUCGAGAGAAAUUUACAGAAGACAAACUGGAGAGAUGUGAAGCAGAAGCAGAUGAGACAAAGGAAUGCGAAAUCUGGCGGGGAAAAGUGAAAGAGAUGAAAGUUGAAGUCGAAAAAUUGAAGACUGCGUAUGGAGAUCGUCCUUGUGGACCUAGACACUAUCUUUAUCUCAUGAAACUUGGUAGACGAAUUGUGAAAAUGACAGAGGAGGUAGCAUAUCUGACGAACGCCAGGGAAAAAAUGCUUAGUAUGAUGAUUCAGAAGCCGCCACCUCUACGUAUCAGCAAUCCCACCAAGGAAAAUAUUAAAUUAGCAUCAGUUGAAAAAAAUGUAAAAAAGCUACAAGAGUAUUUGAGAAAUGAAAAGAUCAAAACAAUUUGCGUAUGGGGACCAGUAGGAGUUGGGAAAAGUAGGGUAAUGGAUCGUCUGCAUCAAGAAAUUAAGGUACCUGAAGACUUUCAUAUAGUUUUUAAGGUUGCAGUAGGCAAAGGAAAUGAUGAAGAACGCAUACAAAAACAACUUCUGAAGCGGUUGAAGAUAAAUCAGGAAAAUUUAAGUGCUGAAGAAAGACGAAGCAAGAUUAAUGAAAAGCUGAAGAAAUGCCCGAGCUAUUUAUUGUUACUCGAUGAUGUUUUUUCAAAAAUUAAUUUGGAAGAAAUAGGCAUUACUGAUGAACAUCAAGGAAAGGUAGUCUUUGCAACCAGGUAUAGAGUAUUUUGUCAAGGAAGGGAUGAAGAGCUAGAAGUGGACAGAUUGUCAGACACGGAUGCUAGAAAGAUGUUUUGGGAAAUUGUGGGUCUGGGUUUCAGGGAUAAUCCAGAUAUCGUGGGAGAAGCAGAAUUGAUUAUCAAGUUCUGCAGUGGCAUGCCGUACUUGAUAGAGUUGAUAGGAAAGCACUUGAGUAAUAGAAUGAGUAUUGAAGAAAAAAUUCAAGAAGAAAAUGCAAACAUUGCAGCAAUAUGGCGGAAGACAUGGGAUGGUUUAACAUCACCAACUGGGGAACCGAGGCAAAAUUUGGAAAUAGUUUACAGGACCCUUAGACUUGAAAUUGAAAGGCUAUCACGAAAGGAUAGGUCUUGCUUUCUAUAUUUGGCAAUUUUUCCCGCUGGCAGUGAACUUCAUCGGGAUUAUAUAAUUGAGUGUUGGAGAGCAGAACAGUUUUUAAAUGGCUUCCCAAAGCUUAGGGAUGCACGUGAUGAUGGGAAUGAUAAGUUGCUUGAAUUGGUCGGCAAUUCUCUGUUGAAAAAGGGAAAGGUGGUAGGACUAUAUACGAUGUUCGAGUUUUAUCAACGACUGGCAUUUCGAUUUGCCGAAGAUGAGAACAUUUAUAUGCCAGAGAUAGGUAGAGAAAUAAAAUGGGAAGUUGCAACUAGGAUCUCAAUGAUUGGCAAUUCAUGCUUUCUCCCUUUACCGAAGGAGCCAAAGUCUGAAAGAAUCUUAACAUUGUUACUUCACGAAAUCAAUUGCUUGUCACAAUUUCCAACAUCAUUCUUUCAGCGUAUGUCUUUGCUUCAACUUCUUGACUUGUAUAAAACGAAGAUCCAAACUCUUCCGUCAUCUAUUUCUUGCUUGAAAAAUCUCAAAGCAAUGUUCCUAAAGAAUUGUGAUCAAUUAAUAGAGCUCUGUGCUGAGGUAGGAGAUCUUCGUACUCUCGAAAUUCUUGACAUACGUCAUACUGGAAUUUAUAACCUGCCUUCAGUAAUAAAACACUUGAUUUCUCUCAAGUGUCUGAGAGUUUCAAUUAGAAAAAAUAUUGGGAACCAAAACCAUGUUAAUGGUGAGGGACCAAGGGAGAUGAUUUCUUCUAAUGUAUUUGACAAGCUUCAUUCAUUGGAAGAGUUGGGAAUUGUUGUGGAUCCAACUGAUGAAAGAUGGGAUCAAAAUGUUGUUAUAAGUAUUGUCGAGCAAGUUUCCACACUUGAGGAAUUGACUAAUCUUUGUUUCUACUUUCCUACCUUGGAUUGCUUCAAGACAUUUAUUAGUAACAGUAAAUCGUUUAACGGGAACGAUAAGUGGAAAGGUGGACUCAGAUCAUUCAGCAUCACUGUUGGUCCUCAACAAGGAAAUUCUCUACCUGAAUUUGAUGUCUCCAAAUGGUCAACUCAAAAGCGUUUGAGAUUUUCUGCAGGUGAUGACUUCCCUGAGGCUAUUUUAAAGAUAUUGAAGCAAGCACAUGCUUUUGAGCUAAUUGAUCAUACAGCUCCAAACUUAUCAGUCGUUGACGGUGGUGAUCUACAAUUCCUUAAAGAUUGUACAAUUGAAGAUUGUGGUAACAUGACAAGUAUUAUUGAUGGUGAGCAUACCAGAGGUGACGCUUUUAAAAGCUUAAAUAAGUUGCAUAUUGACGGCCUUCCAAAAUUGGAGCACAUUUGGAAAGGUGCAAUAGAAUCACAGCAUAGUCUUAUCAUGCUCAAAAUUUUAACGCUAAAAGGAUGCCACAGCCUAAAAGUUUUGUUCUCAGGGGUUACGGUUCUGCGACUUAACCAGUUAAAGCAUAUUAAAAUUGAGGACUGCAAAGUCAUUGAACAAAUUAUCCAGGAUGGAAGUAUUGUUGAUUUAGGGGCCUUUCCUAAAUUGGAGGAGUUUGAACUCAUUGAUCUGCCCUCAUUGUCCAACAUUAGCAAAGUUGUGUCCAUGAAAUGGGAUUCUUUGGAGACAUUGAUGAUUAAUAAAUGUGCGGAGCUUAAAAGUUUCCCAUCUACUUUCAAAGAGGCAAAGAAAUUGAGAUCGAUCUAUUGCACUCAAGAUCUGUGGAACCAAUUGGUUUGGCCGGCAGAUAACGAUGCUACAAAAAAUCGUUUUCUAAAUCUGCAACAACCGAUUCAACCCUGAUGAGGCGUGGAUUUGCGGAUGGUAAUAGGGUUGUGCUAUUCCACUUGAAUGAAUCCUUUUCAAGGCCAUGCUGCAGGAUGUCAAUUUUCACCUUUUUGUGUGUGUGUGUGUGUGUGUGGAUAUUGCCAAGUUUAUGAAUUUCCUCUCUGGAGUUCUGCCGAUUGUUGAUGAAGUUGGCUUCUUUAAUUUCUUUCUGAGGUCCGAGUUUGAUUCAGGGUAAAGAGUUGUAUUAUUAUCUAUGACUUUUUCAAGAUACAAAAAAUCGUUAAUAUCAAGAUCCAGGUCGAACCCAUAUAAGGCAUGGAUUUCCGGGUGGUGAAAUGGUACUAUUCAUCUAAGUGAAUCUUUUUCAGGGCCUGUUGCAGGAUGUCAAUGCCAAGUUUACGAGUUUCCUUUUCGGAGUUCUGCUGAUUGUUUGAUGAAGCUGGCAAGCAAAUUGUGUUCUUUAAUUUCCUUCUAAGAUUCUUGUAUGAUUUAGAGUAAGAGUUGUAUUGUUAUCUGUGACUUUUGGGAAGUACAUUUCUCCAGAUGGCACUGCUUCCACCCAGUUGUCCUUGAAAUCACAAGCAUUUGCCACCAUCUACCCCCACCUCUACUCCAGUAAGAUUAACAAAUCUAAACCUCGUCAUGCUUUCUUCACCAACUCGGCGGCUGACCUGCCUCUGCUUGGUUAUAAUUGGUCAGAUAAUGUUUUAUCCUCAUCUUGGAUUCCAGCUUAGCUUUACUGGUACUUUCCUGAGACAUCCACCGCCAUCGAUUAAAAAAAGCCUAAUUGCUCUUCCCUCUACAUCCUCGCCACAGAACAUCAGACUUGCGUGAUCUGCAAUGUUUCCCGAUAUUUUCUAUGUUUGAAUUCAGGGUUACCACUGCAAAAAUCACAACAUUAAAGAGCUUGUCUUGGCUCGACCUGCUACUUGCUUCGCUGGCAUUGUCUUGCCAAUGUCACCCAUUCUGCAAUCCUCAAUCGUGUUGACAGAACCAACCGUUAAUUUCUGGUAUAAGUAAGCCAUAUAUGUUGGAUCUAACAGAAUUCUAUCGAGCACUCCUCUCCGCAGUUCAGUAACAUCCUUCAGCUGCCUCAAAUGGCGACACAAUCCAAUCAAACAUCGCUCAUCUACUUUCUGGUCAAAGUCUUUCAAUGUCAUUCUUGCAUCAUCCAGAAGCUCCUCAACACCAGUCACCCACUUCAAAACAUCCUUGUAAAUCGCGUCUCAGUCCAUUUCUUCUGGCACAACACGUCAUUGUUGAUCCGUGCUCGGUCAUUUAUCAGAUUCUCAACUUCAAUUUAAAGAGUAUCAAAGUAUAUCACGUAGUUGCGAGAGAUGAUGGAUUUUGGCUUGAUGUGAUCAAGCUAGAAAUCUCCUCUGUAUUGGUAUGGGAGGAAAUUUCAUGAACGUCUUCCGAAACAUCUCU